AUGGGUAUAACAGGUUUAUUACCUUUCCUAGAAAAGGCUUCUAAGAAGUCUCAUUUAAGUGAAUUUAGGGGCUGCACAGUUGCAAUAGAUAGUUAUUGUUGGCUUCAUAAAGGAGCUUUUGGUUGUGCUGAUAAAUUAGCCCAGGGGAUUGAUACAGACUUGCACAUACAAUAUUGUCUUAAGUAUAUUAAUUUACUGAUCUCUUAUCAAAUUAAACCUAUAUUGGUGUUCGAUGGUAAACAUUUGGCAGCUAAGGAGUUGACGGAGGUGAAACGGAGAGAGGCGAGAAAAAAUGCCAAAAAACGUGCCCAAGAAUUACUGAAACUGGGAAAAGGUUACGAAGCUCGUUCGUUCCUCAGAAGAUGCGUCGAUAUAACACACGAAAUGGCCUUAAAUUUAAUGAAAGAAUGCAGGAAAAGAAAUAUAGACUGCAUUGUUGCACCUUAUGAAGCCGAUGCCCAAUUGGCAUUUUUAAAUGUUAAUAAUAUAGCACAUAUUGUCAUUACUGAAGACUCUGAUUUGACAUUGUUUGGAUGCACCAAAAUUUUAUUCAAAUUGGAUCUAAAUGGUAAUGGUACAUUAGUGGAUAGUACAAAGUUCCAUCUUGCAAUGGAAAUUCGUCCAGAACGCUAUACAUUUGAUAAAUUCCGAUACAUGUGUAUUUUAUCAGGUUGUGAUUAUUUAGAUUCUCUUCCUGGUAUAGGUCUUGCAAAGGCUUGCAAAUUUAUAAAGUUGACAGAGGAUCCUGAUAUUUAUAGGGCUUUGUUACGAAUACCAGGUUAUUUAAAUAUGAAAAAUCUAGUCGUUACCGAAGAAUACAGAGAAGGUUUUAUGAUGGCCGAUGCAACAUUUCGUCACAUGUUUGUAUAUAAUCCGAUGAAAAGGAAAAUGAUGCCUUUGACUGAUCCUACAGAAGCAGGUACAGAUAUUAAGUAUUGUUUUAACGCCGGUGAAAAACUGGAUGAUGAUAUCGCGUUUCAACUGGCUUUGGGAAAUUUGGAUCCUUUUUCUAUGAAAACUGUUGAUCAUUGGAAUCCUGAUUCGACACUGAGUUUUCAAACAAGUAACAGCAUCUGGAGUAAACGUUUUAUCCCUAAAAAAGCCCCUGUAACAGUUGAUGCGAAAAAAGUUAAUUUUCCGUCGACGUUUGGGAAAAGUUUAUCCGUCGAUUCGGUGUCUGUAGCAGAUCUUAGUAAAAUUUACCGAAAACCAACCAAAACCGACGACGUGCCUUACAUAGAAGUCGAGGAAUCACAAUUGAUCGAACCUCCGACAAACAAUCAAAAUAUCACCAAUACUAACCCUAAAAAAUCAGAAAUCCCGUUCGCCAAAACCAACGACGAUGACCAAGUGUUUGACGAUUCAAAAAAAUCCACAUCAGUCAUCGAAAUAAGUGAAGAAAGGGAGAAAAGUACAGAUUUAGACCAAUCCGAUGAAGUUUUUGAAAAUACAAGAACAACACGAUCGUCGAGCAGAAAUAGUUUAGAUACUAGUACGAGUAAAUUAGAUGAAUCUGAUAAAGAGUUAGACAUGGAGGCGAUAAAAUCACAUUUAGUCAACAAAUAUACUCGAAUAAAAAAAUCCCAAUCCGUCAGUCUUCCAGUAUAUCACUCGUCGUUUAAAAGCGACAAAUGCAAUCGCGAAAUAUUCAAAGGACUUGUGAAUGAAUCGUUUAUUGAUAAAACAAAUGUCGUCGAUACUGAGUAUAAAAAUCCUGUCGUUGCUGAAGAAGAUACGUCUGAUAUUGUACUAAUUACAGAUGAUGAUGAAGAUACAUCAACUACCACUUUGUCCCAACCGCUCUCUAAUUUAGCAGUCAGUCAAAUUCUGAAAAAAUCCUUUUCAGAAAAAGUUACAUUUGUGAAACCUGAUGCGAAAAAAACGAUGUGCAAAAGACCUGGUUUAUCGAAAAAUAAAAAUUCGACGACGAGUUCGGGACAAAGCAGAUUGAGCAUGUUUGGGUUUACCAAAAAGUAA